GGCCCCCCCCCGCCCCCAACCGCUCACUGGGGACCCUGCGGCCGGGAAACCCACCCUCUCGCGGUCCCCAGCCUGCGCUCUCCGCCCAGCCGUGGGCGGCACGUGACCCGCCUCCGCUCAGCCCCGCCUCCGGCCGACGCGCCCCACCCAUAAGAGCGUCCCCGGCGCGAUGACGUAGCUGCGCACGCGCAUACGUAGCUGUCCGUGACGCCAGGAGCUGCUUUGUCUGUGGGCGGAGCAUUCUUGAGGUUAUCUGCACCUUCUGACGGGAAAGAUGGUCAACGUCUUGAAAGGAGUGCUUAUAGAAUGCGAUCCUGCCAUGAAGCAGUUCCUGUUGUACUUGGACGAAUCCAAUGCCUUAGGGAAGAAGUUCAUCAUUCAAGACAUUGAUGACACCCACAUCUUUGUAAUAGCAGAGUUGGUCAAUGUCCUCCAAGAGCGAGUAGGUGAAUUAAUGGACCAAAAUGCUUUUCCUCUUACCCAGAAGUGAGGAUGCUAGAUAUUGACUGCCUGGGAAUUAUAACAAACAAAUGUGAAAGACUGUCAACAACGUCUGUUGACUGACGUGACUCAGCAUUGCCUGGGAGCAAACUACAGGGAAAAAUUGCAUAUCAGCUUGUUCAGAAAAAAGCCCCUGAGCUGAUUGUUUUGUACCCCAGAAUUUAAAAAAAAAAAAAAAAAAGCUUUAACAGUUGGCUGUAA